AUGGAUAAUGAUCUUACUGAUUUUAAUAUCAAAUGGAUUAAGCCUCUUCGUAAGGAUAGGCUAUUCACUAUUAUUUAUAAUACUUAUCAGCUUCAGAAUGAUAAAACAUUCCGCUUGGUUCCUAAUAAAGAAACUAUAUUAGCUGAACUUUGGGAUUGGGCUAGGCAAAUAUCUUCACUACCUUCUGAGAAACAAACAUGCACAUCACUCAUCUGUCACCUUAGAAAAAAUAUACAAGGAAUUGUUCAUGCUCUCAAAACUGAUUUUCCAGAAUUACAGAUUAAAGAAUAUUAUGAGCCUAUCCCUAAAUACGAUGAAAAUGUUAUAUUGUUAUUUCAAGUUGUGAAGGUAAAUUCUGCUAUCGUUAAAGCAGAGGAAAUAUUAGCAAUAACUAAUGCUACUAUUGUUAAUUAUGAGACUGCUGAAUUUUUGGAAAACAAGCUGAAGAAGACUUUAGAAGAGAUAUGCUCUUUAGACCGGCAUCAUAUUGCAGAUUGUUAUGGGAUUUUGCCUGAAUUAUUAACUGAGAAAUUUAUCUUGAAGAUUUGCAUAUCAGCUAGAGAUAUUGAUAAUAGAGUUAAAUAUAAAGCUGAUAAUGUUAAAAUGUGCAUUGAUUCUCCUAAAGUGAUAUCAUAUCUCCAGGAUUUAGUUUUUAGAAUGGCUCGAGUAUUUGACAAUACAGAUGCAUUAUGUAGAGCUAAAAAAUCGGGAUUAAAAACAAUUCGAGCGAAACUUGGUUUACUGAAUUCAGCACUAUAUGCAAUAUAUGAAUUAAAAUUUAAGGCUAUAGAUAAGAAUGCUAGAUAUUAUUAUCUAGUUAGCUCAUUUGAUGAUGAAGAUGCCCCAAAGCUUCCAUUAUAUCAAACAAGAGAAGAAAUAUACUGGGUAAAUGAAAAAGAUACUCGGUAUGGCUAUAGUAAGCUUUUACUUGAUGAAAUAUUAAUAUAA